GAUUUCCAUGGAAAAUCGAUCAAGCAUCCACAUUUUCUCUUUCAGAAAAAAACAAAGGAAAAAAAAAACAGAGGAGAAAAAGAGACGACGACGACAAACAAGUAAAAGAAAAAAGUCGUCGUUCUUCUCCUCUCUCUCUUCCUCUGUUUUACGGUGUACGUUAGUCAAAAUGGGUUCAAGUAAGCUAAAACGUGCAAUAGGAGCCGUGAAAGAUCAAACAAGCGUAGGAUUAGCCAAAGUCGGAGGUCGAAGCAGUUCUUUAACGGAACUUGAAGUAGCUGUCGUGAAAGCGACACGACAUGAUGAUUAUCCAGCGGAGGAGAAAUACAUCAGAGAGAUCUUAAGCCUAACUUCAUACUCACGCAACUACGUAAGCGCUUGUGUGACAAUUCUCUCGAGACGGCUCAACAAGACCAAGAACUGGUCGGUUGCUCUCAAAACCUUGAUUUUGAUCCAACGGUUGCUAACAGAUGGCGAUCGAGCCUACGAGCAAGAGAUAUUCUUCGCGACGAGACGAGGAACGAGAUUGCUUAACAUGUCUGAUUUCAGAGAUGCGAGUCAGUCUGAUUCGUGGGAUUACUCUGCUUUUGUUCGGACUUAUGCUUUGUAUUUGGAUGAACGUCUUGAUUACCGGAUGCAAGGAAGGAGAGGGAAACGCAGUGGUGGUGAUGGUGAUUCCGGCGAGGAUGAUGAUCAUCGAGAGACCAGUACCAACAUUCGGUCAAAAGCUUUUGUGGUUAAAUCGAAAACGGUCACAGAGAUGAAAACAGAGAAAAUUUUCGUCAGAGUACAACAUUUACAACAGCUUCUUGAUCGGUUCUUGGCUUGUCGUCCAACAGGUAAUGCAAAGAACAACAGAGUGGUGAUUGUGGCUUUGUAUCCGAUAGUAAAAGAGAGUUUUCAGUUAUACUACAACAUAACAGAGAUCAUGGGAGUAUUAAUAGAUCGAUUCAUGGAAUUAGACAUUCAUGAUUCGAUCAAAGUCUAUGAAAUCUUCUGUAGAGUUUCUAAACAGUUUGACGAGUUAGAUCCGUUUUACGGAUGGUGUAAGAACAUGGGAGUUGCAAGAUCUUCAGAGUAUCCAGAAUUGGAAAAGAUCACACAGAAGAAACUUGAUCUCAUGGAUGAGUUUAUAAGAGAUAAAUCAGCUUUAGCUGCACAAUCAACAAAAUCAUCAUCAAACAAGUCUAACAAAUCUGAGGAGGAGGAGAACAAAACAGAGGAAAUUCAAGAAAAUCAAGAAGAUUUAAACUCCAUUAAAGCAUUACCAGCACCGAAACACGAAGAAGAAGAAGAAAAAAUGGAAACAAAGAAAGAUUCUGAGGAAGUGGUUUCAAGACAAGGUCAAGAGGGUGAUUUGCUGGAUUUAACAGAUGAAGCGGGUGAAACGGCAGGAACGGUUGGUGAUAGUUUGGCGUUAGCAUUAUUUGAUGGAGCGGUAUCCACUGAGAGUGCAUCUGGACCGGGGUGGGAAGCAUUUAACGAUAAUUCGGCGGAUUGGGAGACAGACUUGGUGAAAUCGGCAACGAGAUUGUCGGGACAAAAGAAUGAGCUUGGAGGAGGAUUUGAUACUUUGUUGCUUGAUGGAAUGUAUCAGUACGGUGCGGUUAAUGCUGCGGUUAAAACGUCUACGGCUUAUGGAAGUAGUGGAAGUGCGAGUAGUGUGGCUUUUGGUUCUGCAGGAAGACCAGCAGCCUCAAUGUUGGCAUUGCCAGCGCCAGCCAACGGAAACAGAAUCGGAAGCAAAAGUCCGGUAAUGGUGGACCCAUUUGCGGCGUCGCUAGAGGUAGCCCCACCAGCAUACGUGCAAAUGAAUGAUAUGGAGAAAAAACAAAGAUUGUUAAUGGAAGAACAAAUAAUGUGGGAUCAGUACAACAGAAAUGGAAGACAAGGUCACAUGAAUUUCGGACAAAACCAACAGCAACAACUUUAUCAGCUUCCAUACUCCAUGGGACCUUAUUCUUACACGCCUCGCUAUUGAAAUUAUAAAAACAUACAAUCACCAUUGAAGAGCUUGAAAGAAAGGUGUUAGCUUCUUUUUUGUUGUCACUCUAACAUUAUAUUGUGUGUAAACUCUUUAUUCUGGUCAUUUACUUACUUUGUAAACUUAAAAGAAUAUAAGAAAAUACCAGAAACAUAAGAUGUGUCUUUUAUACUUU